AUGCGUACGUCAAUCAGCCUCCUAGCCAUCCUGGCCCCUUUGGCCUUCGCAGACGGACCAUGCGAUCCUACCGUUUGCGAGGAGGUGACGAGUAGCGACGGCGUAUUUUGCUGGAUGCCCAUCGUUCUUGGAUGGGAAAACGCAAGCGCGGAUCCUAAAGACGUUCUUGCGUGUGCUUCGAGUCCAGAAGUUAUGUGUCAAUGCUACGGCUGCGAGCCAGGGCUGGAGAGGCUCAUUACGGAGAACAACCUUUGCCCGGCGCCUUCAGGGAGUGCGUAG